AUAAAAGUGGUCGACGACGCACUGUGUUGCAAAUGUUCGGUGGCCUUCGAUGCUAACUGGCGAUUGUAGACAAAUUUUUGAAGUUGGAUGAAGAAAGUGCCUACUAAGGUUUUAUUGUUCAGUGUUUAAUCAUUGGGUGCAUUCUUGUGGAGCAUUUGUGUAGCGUCCAUGCUUAUAACAAGUCUACACCUUUGAAGAACAUACAGACCUAGCCAGCGAACUCACAUCUCGUUUGAAACCAGAUGCUUUUACUCACGCACAUUGCAAUAAGAAUCCGCUGUAUUCACGAUGAGUAGCAACGAAGAGGAGAAGACCGAAGGUAAGAGCUACCCGUUGGACCUGGCGGCAAAACUCAGUGCGCCCAAGACAUCAACCGAUAGCAAGACAACCGCAACACCACUGUUGUUACCUGGAGGUGGAGCAGCACUUCGUAGCUUUCGGCUUAUGCCGCAGCCGCCGGCGGCGUCCGCCACCACCGGGGGUACCACCAUCAUUACAAACCUUGUGCCACAGGGCACCAUAAUCAAGCAAGGAAUUAUAAAUACAGCACAAGUGCAGCGUCAGCUCACGUUUCCAGUUGGAGCACAAACAUCAUCCCACUUGCCGCGGGGAGCGUCAGUAGUUGCGAAUUUAUCUGCACCGCGCAGUAAUGUAGCAGGUGCUAUCCGCGGUCCUCUGCUGGUGACUGCGGCGGCACCAGGUCAAGCCACCAAUUUAGUGCGCAACCCGCGCACGCAAAGUCCUGGAACAACAUGGAUCAGUACAAGCAGUGCAAACGGAUCUCAAGUUAAAGGUGUGCCUACCGUGUUGACUGCAGGUCGCGCUGCGUCCAUCACCGCUGGUAAGGCGACCGCAGUUGUAGGAAAACCACAAGUGGGACAAAUUGUAUCCACUAUUAAACAAAACACUAUUCUGCCGUCGGCUAUUAUUGGUCAGAAUCAAUUGCAUCAGUUUAAAACUGCAGUUCCUGGUAUUCAAGCUCUUAAUACAACAGUAACGCUUGCGCAAGUUGUACCAUCACGUACGUUGGUUUACAGCACUGGGACACCCACCGCUUUUCCUCGUGGUCCUACUACAGUAACAACUCGUCCAAUGGGACAAGUAACAGCUGCGCGCCUGGCCGUGCCGGUUACAGUAGGUGCGACGAGGAUUUUAGCCCCGCAGGGUGCCGUGCUUACCCCUGCUGCGCGAAUCACAGCAAUUCCAGCCUCACAGGCGACUUCUGCGCCGACGAGGAUUAUUUCCACGCAGUCGAAUAUUUCGCUUGGGAGGAUUACAGUCUCUGUGACAAAUUCAGCUACUUCUGUCAAUCCGAUCCUGACGCAAAUGCGGCCGAAUUUGGUUGUACCUACUAGUAAUGUCUCAAAUCGUGGGAAUGCAGCACAAGGUGCAAAAGUGGUUGCACAGCCAGCCACUAUUCACCUACCGCCUAUGCAGCAGGCUGGUUUAAAGACAUCGACGUUAUCAACACCACGUACAAUUGGUUCACAAACAACUCUCACUCAAAGGCCAGCAACUGUUGUGGCCAGCCACGCCAUGGGUAUUGCCGGUCAACCAACCGGUUUGUAUCUGCAAACAUCUGUGCAACACUCGGCUGUACGGCGAACUUCACCAGGCCCACUGUCACAGACUCAGCCCGCGUCAACCACUUCGGGUGCAAAGUAUUCGUUCUACGAUGAGGGCGGCAGAUUUCCGCGCACAUUUGGUCAAGCUAGCGGCACUACAAUCACAGCUAUCUCGACCGGCGGUCAGGCACAGCCGCCUUUACCACCAUCACAACAACGACUCACAUCCAAUACGCCUGUCGUCGUCAGCCAGACGAAUCGCCUCAACCCGUUGAUUGUCGGUACGGACGCACGUAGUUCUUACAGCGUUGCUGAGAACUCUGCAGACGUGCAGAACAUGCAAGCCAAGGUUACGUCGUCGCCGCGGCCGAGUAUCCUGCGAAAACGCGAGCAUGACAGCAAUACGCCGCUUAAGGCAGCUAAGAAUCUCAUGUCUAGUCUGGCGAAUUUACAACAACCGUUGUCUCCACCAUCGAGGCCAGACUCGCGAAAUAAUGGGCAUAGUUCAGGGGGAAGCACGACUAUUUCAGCUACGUCGAGUCCAGGCUUAGCAGACGCCAAUGACGAUAGCAAUCAACACUUACCAAUGAAUAAGGAGGAGGAAGAAAAUCGCCCACCGCUUGAGAUGAGUCCCCGCAAGAAACCACGAAAACAAAAUUUGGCGGGAAAUGAUUUGGAUGAAAAUGACGAUGAUAUGCAGUUUAUAUCGGAGCGUGAUCAUAAACGUGAGCAUGAUGAUUCCGACGGGAUGAAUUCUGAUGGGCCGCAGGAUGGGGCACCGGAGUCCCGGCGAGGAGUUGCAAGUGUACGCAAGCCUGCGUCUGCUAGUCUUCUUAAUUAUAUGCAACGCUGGAAAACCACAAAUAAUCAUUAUCAGCGUUAUUCGGAUGUGCGGCCGAAAGACGAACGACGUGCGACUAUUAUUGAGAUGUCAAAUCAGCAUCGCGUUCUUGAGAAAGUCAACGGAUGGAAAAUACAUCAUCUAUCGACUCAAAUGGAAGACUUGGCUGAAGAGGAACACAGUGUGCACAAUCAGUUGUCGGAUAUUCUGAAAUUCACCGACAAGCAGGAUUUGAGUAAUCCAGAUAUAAAUCGGAUUACUGAAUUGAUUAAGGGCAAUAUGCAAAGAGUGAAAAUUAUUAAAGAUGGCAUGGUUGAAGCCAACACAGCGAUAAUGAAGAUCUUUGAUCACAAGGUGCACGUGACUGAUAUAAUUAAUAGGUGUGCCAGCAAACGCAAUUACAAGAAGCGCGAAAAGACGUAGAUGUUUUCUAUCAGUGAGUUUUUUUUAGUUUUAACGAUACGUGUGUUGUGCCAAUGUUUGUAAUUUUAGAAAUUAUCAACACAGGAGUUAUGUCACAUAAUUUGUAUAAAGAGUAUAUAUUUUAUAAAUCAAUCAAUUAUUAAA